AAAGACCGAAAGAUGCAGAGCCCGUUGCAGUUCUCUCGCUCCAUGAACCGUGACGUCACGAGUUUGCCAGCUCGGCGCCGUGAGAGAAACUCGAUCGGCCGGUGCUAUAAAGGCGGGGACGGUGGAGAGACCGUCAGUAUCUAACGUGAGCCGCCGGUGACCGACAGCAGAGUCUGCAGACACGACUGGAGUGUGAAUUUCGUCCGCACACCGACGAGCCAGGAGAGAAGAUGGCUUCCCGUGCACUGUUGGUUGCCGUGCUGGGCCUGACGGCGCUGGCGCUGGCCGAAGCCUACCCGCGGCCGCAGAGCUACGAGCGCGCGCCGCCCGUGUACCGGCCCGUGUACGAGCCGGAGCCCGAGUACAGGCCCAGCUACGAGCCCGUCAUAGAGGAGCGUGCCGGCUACGGCAAGCCCUCCCUCAAGGGACGCGUCAAAAUUCAGACGUACCGCGGGCCCAGCAAGGGCUACGGCUAUGACGUGUUUGCGCCCUGGGGCUACUACGUCACGCAGCCCGAGGACGACAAGGGCUACGGCUACCACUGAGAGGCGCGCGGCGCCUAAUUCGGUUUCUUCCGUCUCAGGAUAUCAACAUCUGAAGAUUUUCGUUCGGCGCACCGUCCACAGCAAAUAAUGACGUCAUUGGAUAGCGCCUACAGCUGACUGGCUGAUAAACGCGCUGAAGUCAGCAGUUCACAUCAUUCGCUGCAAUGCCACCGAAUCACUUGUUACAUUUUCUCGUUUUUGUUAUGACGGCUAUGAUUGUUGGACUUCCCGUUGUUACGAAUUACCUGAACUUCUCAGAUGUGCAAUAAAUAUAUCACCGUA